AUGGGCACCAAUUCGGUGCCACUUGCAGCACCAAUUGGUGCCACUUGCCUUGCUCUUGUCUUUUGCAAGACAAAGAGGUCUCCUUUUUGGUUUGCUAGAAAUUAUCAAUAUGAUCAAUAUCCCAAGACAGAGUCAUGGAAAGAGGGUACAGACUGCUGCUUGUGGGAUGGCGUCACUUGUGACCUGAAAACCGGGCAAGUGACUGAACUGGACCUCUCUUUCAGCAUGCUUCACGGAACCCUGCAUUCCAAUAAUUCUCUCUUCUCUCUGCAUCAUCUUCAAAAGCUCGUCCUCUCUUACAACGAUUUCAACUUCUCCAAUAUCUCUUCUCAAUUUGGCCAGUUUUCCAAUUUGAUGCAUCUUAACCUAACUCAUUCAAAUUUUGCAGGCCAAGUUCCAUCAGAAAUCUCUCAUCUCUCCAAAUUGGUUUCCCUUGAUAUCUCAAACAAACAUCUAAGUCUAGAAACAUUCUCUUUUGACAAGAUUGUCCAAAACCUAACCAAGCUCAGAGUACUCUACUUGGAUUAUAUACAUAUGUCUUUGGUUGCACCUAAUUCCUUAACGAAUUUGUCCUCUUCCUUGACAUUGCUUUCACUUGUGGGUUGUGGAUUGCAAGGGGAGUUCCCAAGCAACAUCUUUCUUCUACCAAACCUAGACUCCCUCAUUUUGAGAGACAACGAAGGCCUCACUGGCUCUUUUUCUUCCUCCAAUGUGAGUAAUGUCCUCUGGCAGUUGGACCUUUCUGAUACAAGAAUUUCAGUUUAUUUAGAAAAUGACUUCAUCAGUAAGCUCAAGUCGUUAGAAUACAUAUGGCUUCGCAAUUGUGACAUUCGAAGGACAAAUGUAGCUCUGCUUGGUAAUCUCACACAGCUUAGAAUGUUAGACCUCUCACAUAAUAAUUUGAGCGGUGAAAUCCCAUCAUCAUUUGAAAACCUUUCAAAUCUACAGAGUCUAUAUUUAUUUAGUAACUUAUUCAAUGGGACAAUACCAUCCUUUUUGUUUGCUCUUCCUUCUUUAGGUUAUUUGGACCUUCAUAACAAUCAUUUUAUAGGCCAUAUAAGUGAAUUCCAACAUAAUUCGUUGGAAUACCUUGAUCUGAGCAAUAAUCACUUCCAUGGUCCAGUCCCAAGCUCAAUUUUCAAACAAGAGUAUUUGGAAGUCCUUAUUCUUGCGUCCCACAAUAAACUGACAGGUGAGAUUUCUUAUUCUAUAUGCAAGCUGAAAUACCUUGAAAUCCUUGACCUGUCCAACAACAGUCUGAGUGGUUCUAUUCCACAAUGUUUGAGCAACUUCAGCAACACUCUCUCAAUUUUGCAUUUAGGCAUGAACAAUCUUCAAGGCACUAUCUCUUUAGCAUUCUCAGAGGGGAAUAGCUUGGGAUAUCUCAGCCUCAAUGACAACGAAUUGGAAGGGGAAAUACCAUCAUCUAUCAUCAAUUGCACAAUGUUGGAAGUUCUUAAUCUUGGCAACAAUAAGAUUAAGGAUACAUUCCCCCAUUUCCUAGAAAGGCUUCCAAAGUUGCAGGUUCUUGUUCUAAAAUCCAAUAAACUCCAGGGUUUUGUGAAGGAUCCGACUACUGAUAAUUCAUUCUCUAAAUUACAGAUUUUUGAUAUCUCCAGCAAUAAUUUGAGUGGACCAUUACCAACAGGGUUUUUCAAUAGUCUUGAAGCAAUGAUGACCUCGAAUCAAAAUAUGAUUUACAUGACAUCAAACAACUACUAUGGUUUUGCCGAUAUUUAUGCCUAUUCCGUAGAAAUGACGUGGAAAGGAUUGAAAAUUGAGUUUGUAAAAAUUCAAAGUAUCCUCAGAGUACUUGAUUUGUCAAGUAAUAGUUUCACUGGUGAGAUUCCAAAAUUGAUCGGAAAGCUUAAAGGACUCCAACGACUUAACCUCUCUCACAAUUACUUUACUGGUCAUAUCCAAUCAUCAUUGGGAAUUUUGACCAAUCUAGAAUCAUUAGAUCUAUCUUCAAAUUUGUUUACCGGAAGGAUUCCUGUACAGUUGGUAGAUCUAACAUUUCUCCAAGUCUUAGACCUUUCACAUAACCGGCUUGAAGGACCCAUACCCAAAGGAAAGCAGUUCAACACGUUUGAUCAUCGCUCAUUCGAAGGAAACUCUGGUUUGUGUGGAUUUCCAAUGCCAGAAGAAUGUAGCAAUGGCGAGGCACCACCAUUACCACCAUCAAACUUUAUUGCAGGAGAUGAUUCAACAUUGCUUGAAGAUGGGUUUGGAUGGAAAGCUGUGGCAAUUGGGUAUGGAUGUGGGUUUAUGUUUGGAGUCAUAAUGAGAUAUGUUGUGUUUAAAACAAGAAGACCUGCAUGGUUUCUGAAAAUGGUUGAAGAUCAAUGGAGUCUUAAUGCAAGCAGAACAAAGAAGAAUGCUAGUAGAAAUGGUGCAAGAAGAAAAUAA